UGUGGUGUGUGUCGCGUUGUUGCUCCGGUGGAUUUUUUGGUGGUUUGUUCCUGCCUAGGACAUACGCGUAUUUUUUUCGUUUGGUUUUCUUGAGUCGACGCCGUGAUUAUUCAGAGGGCUCGUGAACGGGCCCACCGGCAAAUACAAAGGAAAGAUGCAACCGAGGAUAUACUGGAUUUUGAUCAGUACGGCCGUCAUUCUCGCGGGAUGCAACGCCGCUACCGAGAAAGAUCAAAACGAAAAAGACAGGACAGCGGGAGGAAGUUCGACAACAUACAAUUCCUUUCCGGACGAUCUUUAUUUGGACGACCAAGAAUCUUUGGAGGGUUCUGGUCGAGGUGGCAGCGAAGGUCGCGACGAUCUUGAAGCAUCCGGAAGUGGUCUUGGUCCAGAUGACGAGGACGGUGACGACGAUCACGACUUUAAUAAUAGGAUAGAACCUCCGCCUCAAAGGCCAGCAAAAGUACCAAACUCUGUCGACGAACCAAGUAAAACUAAGGAACAGACUAUCGUCGAGACUGUAAACCGACCCGAAAACGAAGUAAUCGAGCCCUUGGAUGUCGAGGACGACCAUUCGGACAACACCGACGAUAUCCACGAAGUAUACAUCAUGAAUCCGAAACACGAGGACCGCAGCAGCUCUUUCUUUGCUCAGCCAGGUGUAUUGGCAGCGGUGAUUGGUGGCGCAGUAGUUGGCCUGCUUUGCGCAAUAUUAGUGGUGAUGUUCAUCGUAUAUAGGAUGCGCAAAAAGGACGAGGGUUCAUAUGCUUUGGAUGAGCCAAGAAGAUCACCAGCGGCGCAGGCAUUCCCUAAACCAGGCGCGCCGCAUCAUAAUCGAGAAUUCUACGCUUGAGGCGACAAAGCUUAUCUAGCUUUGGCACCGCCCAUUUUUAUCCCACGAUACCAUGCCGAGAAAGACGAUGUCCUUCGACCGAAUUAAGCGCCACCGCCGAUGAUACGACACAUCCGGAAUCUCCCACGAGGGUCUUACGAAACACCUCGUUCAUUGACCACAGCGAGAUUUCCUUCACGUCGGGGAAAAGCGUCAUAAUAAUCUCUUUCUGAACUUUCGAUCAGGGAAUAUUCCCAAUUCUUAAAUUUCCAUUCAUCUGAACGCGUCUUAAUCCUUCCAAUUUAUUCGCUUUAAUGAUGUUUGCUUUUAUAUCAUAUAAUAAUUAUUGUUUUUAAAUUGAUCACAUCCUGAGGUGGAACCUCCCUUAAGUAUAUAGCACUCUAUUUUUCUACUCGUAUAUCGUUGCGAGUAGUAUUCUGAGUUAAGCAUCGGUCCACCUCCGAGAGUAGAAUAUUGAUUUUUCUCUCGGUUUUAAAUUAAUUUAUUUUAUAUCUUCGUACUAAUUCAUUAUUCAAUUCUCGGAUACUUACUUUUUUUUCCAUAACUAUCAUGGGCUGAUCGAACAAGAAAGAGAGCGAUGGCUGAUGAUCGUCCCAUUGUAACUAUUCGUCGGCAAGGUUGCGCCAAUUCCAUAUGCAUUUACACAAUGUGUAUUUCGAAGCGUAUACGUAUCCAAGUAUACGUACAUGCCUCCCUGUACAGGACUGAGAGCGUGAAAAUUCGUGGGCGAUAAACGCUGUUGGUAUGUCGUUAAUCAUUCUGGUCCGGUGGAAGGAGGGAAAGAAAGAAGGAUCGUUCUGCCACCAUGAUUUCUCUUCGACGCCAAUCCUGUGAACUAUAGUCUCGUUUAUCAACGUUUUCUCUGCUGUCUCUCCUUUUUUCCUAUGUUUUUCAUCUACAUCUUUUUUACUUUGUUUUGUAUUUAAGGAUCGCUUUUCAGAUUUACAAAGAUGUUUUUUAACAAUAUGACUGCACAGGGUCUUUAGUCUACUGGCGCUUUUCUCUUUUUUAAAUCUAGUUUUAUAAAAUAUUCAUUAUAAUUAAUAGGAGAAAAGUAAAUUAUCUCAAGAAAUUGUCUUUUUUAAGAUUUGUUUUUCUUUUAGGAAAUUUAUAAUUUAUUUUAAUUAUUAGAUUAGAAUUAUAAUACAUUAGAAACAUUAAAAAUUAAAAAAUAAUAUAUUUACUUGAUGAUUAGAAAACAAUGAUUAUGGGAAAAUGAUAGAUAAAGAUAUUAAAAAUAAUUUAAGAUUUUUAUUUCUCUUUUAUUAAUAAUUUUAUAAGUUAUUAAUGUAGAUAUGACUUAAGAUAAUUAAAUAUAUAAUCCAAUAAAUGAAAUGAAUAAUUACAAUGCGUUUGCAUAUUGGUAAAGGCAAAUAAAGCAUUAUUAAUGAUUAAUUAAAAAAUGUUUAGGAAGAAUUUUAAAAAUAUUAAAUCGAUUAAUUUAAAUUAAAUAUGUAUUUGAAUAUUCAUAUCUGAAAUUGUAUUAAUUAUAAAGUUUAUCUAAUCUUACAUAUCGUAUUUUAAAUCGCAUUAAUCAUAAAAUUUAUCUCCUAAUCUUACAUAUUUAAUCAUAUUAAAUUGAUUUGUUUUUUUUUAAUUUUCUAUUUUAAAUGUAUAUUUCAUUGAAUAAUAAAUGGCACAAAUAAUCGCGAUGCUCCUCUAAUAAAAUAUUCUUUUAUAUUAAAAAAUUAUUUAUUUAACGAGAUGAAACUUAUAUCGUUCAUCAAUAAUUAGAUUUAAUAUUUCAUAGUUUUAUAUCUAAUUUUAAUUUGCAUAUUUUCUAAUCUUAAUUUUUGAGAUUUUUCUUUAUUUAUUUAAUCGAAUGUGUAGAUUAUUUAAAUUAAUUCUUAUUGAUUCACUUCCACGAAUUCUUCAAAAACAAUUGCGUUUGCAAUAAGCGAACUGUUCUCAUUAAACAUGGUUGAAUCAAUUGCCAUUUAUAUAAUAAAAAUCUCAGUGUGCCAUUUUAAAUAUUUUAAGUGACGUUUUCUGCAACCGAUGAUUUGAUCUUCAUCAAAAUAAAAUAAACGACAUUUGUUGCAAAAAGAGAUUCGCCAUUUUAUUUAAAAAAAAACAGAGCAUAACGUAUCCUCGUUGUUUCCUUCUUCCACCGUAAGAAAGCUAAGAAACAUUUUGUAUCUUAAAGAGAAAAGCUGAUCGAGAGAAAUUCUAUUUGCCAUGGAUAAAACAAUAUCCUGCGUAUACGCAAGGACAUUACUCCUUCCGAUCUUAAAAGAAACAUAUGUGCGUAUAUAAAUUUAUAUACAGACGACUUUCAUCUCUGACUAUAAGAGAUAUGCGUAUGCCAUAUUAAAAAAUUAAUGAAAAAGAAGAUAAUAUAAAAAAUGCAUACACAGACAAACAUUCAAGUGUAUAUCUAUUUGUUCUAAGAUUUUAAUCCGCGGUAUUUAUCUUACGGUCGAUCAGUAUCGCGCGAAAUACGUUGUAAUAAUUUAUUAACUUUUUCACGUAGGACCAAGCGAUUCCCUUUUCUUCUAUUUUCUCUUCUAUCUGUCCUAUAUCUUUCUUUUAAUCUUCAGGUGAUCCUGUGGAUCGUUUUCCUUUCCUCAAUUAUUUGAGAUAUUUUCGGCGUCUCGUUCGCCUCUUUCCAGGUAGAACGUAAUUAAUAUUUUAAUUGUAUAAAUUAUAACAAUAAAAAUGACUUCUUAUACAUGAUUUGUUAAAAAAUUAUCAAUUAUUUGGGAAAAGUAUAUUUGAUUAUGCUACUGAUCGAGUAUAAUGAAUCAAUAUCAUUUUAAUAUUUAAAUUAUUAUUAUUAUUAUUAUUAUUAUAUCGUUCAUUUUUCUAUGCAAAACAAUUUUCGUUUUGAUUUUAGUAAAUAUGAACAGGCUAUGUCAAAUUUAUUAUUAUUAUUAUUAUUGAAACAACAAACAUGAAUUCAAUUUUUAAUCUCGCCAUAAAUAUAUUAUUCUAUCAUUUUAUUAUUCCCUCAAUUUCAAUACGAUCCGUAAUAUAUAGUACUAUCUUUUAAUGUUCUUUUAGAUCGCAAUAUUAUUUAAUGUUACUGAAAAAUAAAUGUGAAUAUUGAAUAAUUUGCAUUUCAUAAAUAAUCUUAUAUAUACGAUGUUAUACUUUUUAUAAUAUCUUAUAUAUAACAUUAUAUCAUUAUUUUGUGCAAUAAUAAUAUGAAUUUUAUGUAUACGAAUUGUUGCAUUUAUUAUCGCCUGAAUCGACCAAUAUAUAUAAUAAAGCAACAUCAUUUAAAAUAUAAACAGAUUUAACAUGAAAUAUUAUUGUUUAUAAUAAAAACAAUGGACGGAUAAAUUUCUAUUUUCUCGUGUAAAUAAAUAAAAUUAUUAGGAUCCUAUUUUUUAAUGUACAAUUUUAUUUAAACAAUAAGAUCAUCAUAAAUCUGUGUUCUACCUGUGUAGGAGGAACACGAGCGCCAUUUUUAUAAAGUCCGAUGUAUCGGGGUAAACUAAAAUAUAUCAUGUCGAUACUGCCAUGUAUUUAAAUAUAUAAGAAACACCAAUUGCCUAGAAGAACUGUCAUAAUAUUCUUUUUUCGCUUGAUUUAAAUGCUUUUUUAUUAACGCUAUUAAUACUUUUUCCCCAGUUUUUUAAAAUAAUCAACAUAAUUUAUCUUUAUUUUAUUUUACUUAAACGAUCAUUAAACGUUACGGGCAAAGCGUUUAAAUUUAAUCGAUGUAUUACAAUCGAUGUUGCAUAAGACAAUUUUCUUUUAAUUAUAUUAACUUGUAAAAAAAAAUAAAUGAACAUUAUACAUAUUUGUUGUAAUUUAAGAAAACUGCUUAUAGCAAUAUCGGUUUAAAUAUUUUCAGGUAUCGCGUCGUUUUUUCUAAAACAAGAUAACAUUUCUAUCAAUCAGUGCAUUUCAAUAAUGGCACUUGUUGUUUCUAAAUCGAUCUUAUCGAUUUGUAAAAUGGCUGGAAGCUUUAUUUAUAACAAAGUAUCUAGACGCGUCUCUAUGAUACUAUAAGAAAUAGUAAAAAUAAGUGUAUUGAUAGAAUUGACUUGGAAGAAGAACUAUUUAAAUAAGCAAUUAUUUGAUGUACAGGUUAUGUGAAAAGCAAAAAAUCACAAAUAAAUAUUGAUAUCUAAGUAAAAAAGAUCAAAUUGUCUAAAAAGUUACGAUACAUAAUGUGUCGAAAAAAUUAUUGUGUUUAGGAUAAGUUACUUGCAAUAAAUAGAAUGGAAAUUAAUUCUCUCUUCUAUUUCUCCUAAGAUUAAUAGAAUAUUACACAGUACCUAAAAUCAAUAGUGUAGAUUCUAUUCUACACUCUAGAAUACAUACAUACAUUUUAUGCUUUGCCUUUAACUCGAAAAUCGUUGGAAAGGAAAUUUAUUCUUGUUAUAUCAAUAUAGAUAUCAUACUCCGAUUCAAGCUAAAUAAAAAAUACUGUCAUAAUGUAUUUUUCAUUUUGAAUCGGUUUUAUAUAUUUUUAAAUUCUCCGUUUUUCACUUUUCCAUAAAAUCCUUUCUUCCCUUAUAUCAUCUUUCUUCUUUUUUGAACUUUCCUUUAUGAAUUCCUUUAUGAAUAUUUCUUCUUCUUUCCUUGCACUAAUAAAAGAAAAAAGAAAUUGGAAAUCGAAUCAUAAUCUUUAUUAUAAUAAUAAUCGUAUGCAAUAUAGACAAAAGAUUGUUUCUUAGAUAGUAAUUAAUUUUUCGGGUGGUAAUGCGGAGAAAUAUAAAAUUUUUUUUAUAAAUAAAAAUUUAAAUAAUUUCUUUCACGAACUAAUAUUUUUUAAUUAAAUAUAAUUUAUUUAAAUAAAAAUAAUAUAUUAAAAAUUUGUUAUAAUUGCUUGAUUAUUUAGUAAUAUGUACGAGAAAAUAAUUUAAAAAAAAAUAUUGUUCGUGAAUAGAAAGAAAAUUUGUUACAGAAACUUGCAUUUAAGACAAAAAUAUUAGACAACAAAGGUAAAGAAAGUAAAAAAUAUGCGUUGCAUUUUCAUGUGGCUCAUUUAAUACUCGAAAUGCGCUGUUCUAUGCGACAAGAAACAAAUACUAAUUGUAAUAAAAUCUUAUUUUAUAAGAGGAUGUAUUCCUUAAAAAUGCUAUAGUAGUGAGAAAUUUGUCUAAUAUUAGACAUAAACCCAUAGGCCAAGUGGACAAAUAAUUUUAAAAUUAUGAAUAUAAUUAAUAAUGAUAACAAUAUAAUUAACAAUAUUAUUUUUUAAGAAUAAGUAUUGUGGAUCCUCCGCUCCUCCCCUUUUGGAUUGCCCUCAAAAUUCUACAUCAUACAUAUUAUAUAUGUGUACAUAUAUGUAUAUAUGUAUGUGUACUAUAUAUUAUAUAUUCAUGGUCAAUACAUAUAUAUAUAUAUAUAUAUAUAUAUAUAUAUGUACAAAUAUAUACAUAUAUAUACACAUAUGUAUUUGUAUAAAAAAGAUAUCGCCUAUUAAUGAAAAAACUAAAUUAUGAUUCUUUUUUUAUACUGAUUUAUAUUUUUGAUCUGUAUUAAUAUAACGAUUCCAAAGUUCCUAAAAUUUAUAAUAAACGUCCAAUAAGCGAAUCAAUACAAAUAAACAAAACAUUCGAGCAUAAAUUAGUUGAAUUAUUAUUAAUUAUGUAAUAAACGUGCUGUAUAGUAUCAAAUUUUUGUCAGAUUAAAUUAUUCAAAAUAUGUUUUGUAAUAUUUAUUGCGUUACGUUUAUAUUGAUUAUAUUAAUAAUUCUAAGAUAUAAACUAGAUUAUGUAUUUAAAAAAAUUUCUGAUUUUAUAUUUGAAUUCUAUGUAAAUGAAUCAUCGUAUACAUUUGAGUAUAUUGACUCGACUUAUUGGACAUAUUAUAAUAUAUGAAUUAAUUGAAAAUUAAUAUCAUAAUACCAAAGCGAUAUCAUUGAAUCUUAUAAAUUCCAUCUUAAUUUUGAACAAUAUUAUUUCUAUUGCGGGCGUUUAUGUUAAUGACACGUUAUUAACAGAAAUUAACAAUAAUUGCACUAUGUUAAUAUAAUGAACAAUAUUGUAUGUCAUCGCUCCUAUUCUGUAAAUAAACACUUUGCCGUAUGAAAAAAUCUAA